AGUACGUGCCUGAGCCUGCCUGAAAAUGUUGUGUGGUGUAGUCGGGUCUGGAAGGAGCGCAGGGCUUUGCGAUGAAAUAAUACACUUUAAACCGUGAGGGGAACAAACACCGACCGCAUGAUUUCACUCUAAAGCUCCUCACGCUCCCAUUUGGUGGUGAAACUGUGUUUUUAGGACUCGGACGGGAAGUUUGUGGGAUCGUUUUUCCCGGAGUGAUGUCGAAUCCUGGGACUCGGAGGACCGGGUCCAGCAUCAAAAUCCGCCUGACAGGUAAAAAAAACCCAGACCUUAAGAGAUUGUGUGUGUUUAAGCUGAAGUUCAGAGAUGGUUUCUUUAAGCACAUGUAUAAAGUGUUGAUGUUAACCCCCAGAGAGUGUGUGAGGCUCUCGGCUGGCUCCGUGUUUGCCCAAACAUCCGGUUUUUGUGGCAGACACAGCAGCAGCAGCUUUGCUAGCUUGUUAGCUUGGAUGCUAACCAAUUUACCGAAAGGACAGUCAAGAACCCCUCCGCUGCCCUGUCCUUUUACAGCCUGACACCUGGCCUGCCUGCUGGUUCUGGCUUAUUUCUAACAUCGACUCUUAAAAGUCGGUAACUUUACCAGUCGCUAACUCUUUGCUAACGUUGGCUAAGAGAAACACUGUUGCCUGUGGUGACCGCUAACUCCUGCUAGCUUAGCUACACCCUGUUUUUGGGACUGACCACCAGCAGCACACACUCACUCUAACCCUGACCUGAAUGCGCCGAGCUGUGUACCAGUGAAGAAAGCUAAUGUGAACCCACAGUCCCUGUAAAAAUCAAUGUGUCGGUAGAUUUGACAUGCUAGCCUAGAUUAGCCCGGAGUAUUGACUGGUGUUCUGCUGUAUUUAUGUGUGACCUGUCCAGCUGAUCCAGAAAGCUGAGCAACUUUACUCAUUGUUUGCAACCAAGAACUUAACUUAGAGAUUAAGUUCUUGUUAGGGGUCGGAUCUGCUGUUUGGUACCAGGGUCGUGUUCAAACUCUUUUUGACUGGGCUGGUGUCUUGAGCAAGGCAGGGUUGGUAUGAAGUAUGUUUGGACUGGCAUGAGUGAACAAUGAUUAUGUAUCAUGCUCCACUUAGCCACCACUUCUGAAGCAUAAUACAGAUAUGUCAUUAUGUAUGUUUUCACCCAACACUAUAUGUCUUAGUGACAAUAUUUUAAUUUUCUGAGGACUCAAGAAGAACAUGCAUGGCUAAAGUCUUUAUGCAAUCUACUCACAAAAUUACAAACAAACUCCUGCACACUGUCUAAUCCUAACAAACGUUUUGGAUAAAUUCAUAUCUGACUGUUAAAGAGUGUUCAGGAAUUUGCUUAAAAUUUGUAAUGGACUGAUUCCUCUCCUGCAACUCUUUUUUUCCCCCCAAACAACUUUGUGAAAAACUUUCCUCCAAUAGGAAGUACUGAAUAAAGGAAAUGCCCUACAUUUCAAUGCAAAGAAAAUACAGACAGCCUGUAGCUUUGCUAGAGAACCUGCCGAUUUGUGGCUUUUGAUGAGUAAGAAAAGCUGUUGGGAUGAAGUCAACAUGCAGCCCCGUCUUUGUCUUUGGUUUUUCUGUCUAUGGUGUAGAUCCUUAAGAUACCUUCAGUCAGCUCAGAUGUGUUUUGAUUGUCUGCUCAGGAUGGAUUUUCUUGAAGACUUCUUCCGUUUUUGUCGGAAACACGACUAUCAGUGCAUUGAGAUGUUUUUACUAGGGCCCAACCAAUAAGUGUUGUUUUCAUUGACGUCAUCGUCAAUGAAAACAACACUGCAGAAUAUAUGUUUAGCAUUUGACUGAUGAAAUGCUUAUGAAUUUUGCAACUCUGUUCGUCGUCCACUACUAACGUUUUCGUCUAGUUUCGUCUCGUCAACGUAAUCGCACAUUCGUCUCGUCACAUUUUAUCAUCUAAGACUAAUGUUUAGCUCGUCAACGUCACGUCUUCAGCGUGGAAAAAAAGGGGUUUUGUCAACGAAAACAACACUACAACCGAUGUGGAUGUUUUGGGGCCGGUGCUGAUACCGAUUAGUUUUCAAAUUUUGUUAAUUUAAGUAAUAUAUUUACAUAUUUACUUAUUUUCUUAACAAGUGGCUGCUUUUGAGCCUUUCAAACACUUCUCAGAGGUAUUAAUCUAAGAAAUAUUCCACCUAUUUAUCAUGACUGAAACUCAGACCAGAAAAGAAUGUUGUUUAUUCUACCGUUACUAGCACGGCUACAGUGUAGCAAGGCUAAUAGCAGAUGGUUAACUCUGACUUUAGUUUGCAUAUUACAUGGUGCUUCACCGUUAACUCAGCGUCACCAAGACCAGCACAGCGGGGAACAUUGUGAAGUGGGUUAAACCGAAACUUGUUGACUUAUUGUGUAUUUCACUAACUGGUUUAUUUACCGUUGAGGCGGACCACUCUCCUCCGUGCGUCACUAAGCUGCCAGCUUCAGAUCAGUCACUCUGCUGUGCUGUGAGGUAGUUAGUUGAUGAAGAUUGCCAUGAGGUCGUUGCGCCAUCUACAGGCUAAGUCGGGGAACUUUCAAAUGGCGGAACAUUUUUGAAGUGAAACCAAAUCUUAUUGUCCGCAUUUUAUUUCUGAAACAUCCGCGAAAAAUGGCAAGUUUUGGCCGAUUAGUCUUAAACGGGCUAAAAUUGGCCGAUUUAAUCAGCUUGCCGAUAAAUCGGUCGGGCCCUAGUUUUUACUAUUAUGUGAAAAUAAGAACGUAUAUCUUUUUAUAUAUACUUUAAUUUACUUGGUUUUCAUUCCACAACCACUCUACCUCCAGGAAGUGCAAUAUCACUCACCAUGCUGCUAUUUCACCCGUAGUUUUAAUUUUAAUUUUAAUUUUUCUAUGUAUUGAAUGAAACACCAUCAUGCUGUGAUUUGGAAGCCAGGCAAUGCACUUUUGUUGCAGAGAGAAAUCACAUUCUGUGCAAUGACAAAUAAAGAAAGUCUAAGUCUAUCAAGAGAGUGUAUUAUGGUCAGGUUACACCGAGAGUGCCCACAACCGAAGUAGCGUCAAAUAAAAAGUGACAGCCCUCCUGGACUUGCCCCCAGCUGCAGCAGGGUAAUGUGUGACCUAUCAAGCCUAUCCAGAGAAACUUAGCAUGUCUGCUCCUUAAGGCCUACCAGGAACCCUGCUUGAAUAUUCAGCUCUGUUUUAGGUCAGACUCUGCUCUGUAGGAUACACAGGAGUGUCUUUCUCCUCAUGCUCAGGGACACAGCUGGAACAAUGGCUCCUACUGUAGCUAAUGCUGCCCCACUCAGCAUCCAGGGGCGUCUAUUCAAAUGGAAAUGACCUCUCUGUGCCGCUGGGCAGACGCCUUGUCCUCCUCCUCAUUCCAAAUUAAGCAAACACACACCAAAGUGUUCUUGUUUCAAAGACUCAAGAUACCUAAACUGAGAUAUACAGAUUAGUGACCAAGAUCACAUCCAGUGUUUGACUUUUGUGAAUUUUUUCAUACUAAGUGUUCUCUGAAUACUGGUGAAACUGUUUGCAUAUGGCCGCCACAUGCUGUUUGUUUAUUUGUUUCUGUACUCCUUCCCUCUGCUUCUAAAAGUGGAUUUCAAGAACGCAGCGCAAGCAGAAUAAUAUGUUAAGAAGAUUUUCAAGUGAGAAAUGAAACCAGGAACCACACACAAAAAAGAAGUUGAUUUUGAAAAGGUUGCAAAUAGCUUUUUUUUUUUUCUCAUUUUGUAUCAUCUGUUUUUUGACAUUUCAAUUCAGUCAAGAAGUUUCUUUGUUUAAAAAAGGUUAAACAUGUUGUAAAGUAUCUGCCAGUAUUUUGACAGCUCAAAAUGACAUCCUGUAAAUCUCAGUUUUACCCUUAACCCAGUUAAUCCUCAUAGAAAAAAAAAACAGUAAAGAAAUCAUUGCGUGUUUGCUGGAGGUAGCCUGAUUAAUUGGUCAGCUGUGUAACAACAUUUUGAAAUAAUUACUCUAUUUCUCAAUGCCCACGCUCACAAGGCUAUUAAAGGAUAAACAAAUAAUAAUAAUAAUGAUGUAUAUUACAGAUUGCUAGAAAGAAAUUACAAGUCACUUGUGGCAGUAAUAGCAGAGACAACACCAGGAAAGGUCAAUUAUAAAAAUAUCCAUUCAAGUCCAGCAUUUUUGAGCCAUUCGUUAGGAAACAUGAUAGUGUUAUGUUUCAGCCAUAGGUCAACAUACUCUCUAGAAUUAUUAUCACCUUUGGCUGUUGGAAAACUGAUACCAGCUGAUCUGAAAUAUUGACAUUUUUUAAGCUCAAAAAUUAUAGGUUGAAUAUUAGAAAUAAAACAAUUUAAUCAGGUGAUUAUUUGCAGAUAGAGGAUUUCGAUAUUGUUCAAGAUCAGUGCAGAGAAAGUCGAUGUGAAAUUUUGUCAAAAACAUCUUGAAAGUGCAGCAAGUCGAAACAAAAUCAUUUUACAUCUAUGUGAUUUUACAGAGUGAACAUACUUAUACUCAAUAUGUAAAGUGCAGUGAAUACGACACAACACUGCACCUCUACUUUUGAUGGUAGUUCAAGUUUUUAUUUUUGAUAACCUGAAACACCAGGACAAAUGCAACGCUGCAGCAAGUCAGAGUGCAGUUUGAGGAAAAAUAAGUUUAGAGGCUAAAAGAUAACUAAAGAAAUUACGUAGCCUGAGAAAAGUUAGACAGUGUGUGUUGUUCCCAGCCGAGAAACGCAACAAAUCUCUUCAUCUCGCUAAACUACCACCCCAGAGAGUUUUCCAGAAGCCUCUAGUUCUGUUUAAAGCCAUGAUCACCCAGCUAAUGUUAGCAGCAGCUCAGCUCUCAGCCCUCCUGGAAGAGCUGCAUCCACUGAAGGGCUUCUAAACGGCUUAAAUGUUUACGUUUUUAUACAAUAAAACAUUUUUCUUUUUUUUUUUUACUGUGAUGUAACAAGACUAUGAGAUAACUGAGGUGCAUUAAAAUGAAGUAUAACUAUAAACUAAAUAGUUUAUUUAUUCUUUUGUUAUCAUGAAGCUAUUUCUUGUUUUGGCCUCUCAAAAGUGAAAGUUGAAGAGUUUUUCAGUCUCCUGUGUCACUAAACUCUUUCAAAUUUUUCAUCAAAGAAAACAUUUGAAGAUGUCAGCUUUGGCAUUUUGAAGGCAUGAUGGAUAUUGUGUCUCAUAUGAAGGCCUCCCAAAGACCUUUUUAUGGGAUCUAUAAUGAAAACAGAAGCUCAAAUCAUUAACAUGAAAACAUGGCAGCUGUUGAAACUCCGUAUAAACUCUUUUAUCACUCUGUGUUAUUAUCCAGGUUCUGUGCUGUCGUAGUGAUUCUAGUUCAAGUGGCCUGCUGAGUGACGAUGAGUGCUUUUCUAAUGAGCACGGAUGAAAAGAAACAAAGUGUGUGUUUGUUGUGUGUGUGCGUGUUUGUGAAUAAACCAGUCAGUGAUUAUUUCAGUUCAGAUGCUAACAGAGGUUAUUGCCCCUGACCGUGCCCCGCCCCCUCAGGUAUGAAUGGAAUUCUAAUUGGGUGAGGAAUGUGUGAUGAGCCAAUGGGAGUGCAAUGCUGCCUGGCUGGCCUCUGCUGUGUUUAGUCUGUCAGAGUGAGGCUUUGUUUGGCCUACAUUAGACCUCCAGGACUGUCAGUCUGUGGCAGGGACACAGACUCACAGCAGGCAGAUCAUGAAGACUAGAGUGACUUUAAAUGUUGUUUAUAUAGUAUGUCGUUUAUACAAACAUCUUGUGGAUGGUUUUUGUUUCUCAGUCUGUUUUGGAGUUGCCUGAGCUGGCGGAGGAAGAAAGAUGUGUUAGGUUAGUGUUUGUCAAACAGGAGUAAUUUGGAAAAACAUUUUCUCUUUAUUAUUAUUUUUUAAUUAGUCAUUCAAGUCCAGUUUUACUUGGACUGACACAAUAAAUCUUUUUUUUUAACAUCAUGUAAAUGCCCUGAGUGUAUGUCUGAGGUCUUGUUUAGACACUAGAAUUUUCAUCUAGUUAGGAUACUUGUAAAAGAGUUUAAUAUUUAAAUCUGUUUCAAUACCACGACUACCAAAGUAUGAUCACCUGGGCACUUUAAAUUUCAACCAGCUCUGGUACAGAAUAAUCCAGAAUAGGUGAGUGGUGGUGUGUUUAUCUGCAGAGAGUGUGCUCUCUGUCAUUUUCCCCCUAAAUGUUCUAACAAAUAAAGGCCUGUUGUGGGUAUUAAUCAUUAUACAGUAGUGUGGAGCUUCCUGUCAGGGGUCCACAGGUCAUUAGUAAUAGAAAACACACUGAGACCGGGUGAUAUCGCUCUCGCUCUCCUCUGCUGUGACACAAAUGAGUCACCCUGAGUUUUGAUUAUUUGCCAAAGGAAACAAACAAACCCAAUCCAGCAGCACCUUCUUCCAUGUUUGUGUGGAUUCGUACUCAAGAGUGUAACAGCAAACAGAAAACAGCCUCUCAUUUUUCAGGUUUUCGGCUUUUUUGAAUUAACCACUCUUUCUCUCUUCACUUUGUCUAUAUGUUGAUCCACCACUGCUACUGGCUGUCUCAGUUCUCAUUCAGACAGCGCAGCAGUGCCAACCUAUUUUACUGAGAUUGAGAGGGAAAGAAGAGACAACUGUUUAUACAAUCAUUUACCAGUUUUUUGGACUUUGAGGGCUGUGAAUUUGUCUCAACAUUUUAAUGUUUGACAUAUCUUGUAAGUCAUAGAAAUAAUACUCAGUUUUCAAUGCUAUUGUCACAUUUAUUUCCAGAAGUAAAAUCAGCACAAGCAGCAGAGUCCUUCGUAUCUCUCAGUGCAGAGAAAUCUUCUAUUACAUCUCGUCCUUAUUUACUUGUGGGAAACUAAUUUUGAUAGUUGUUGUGCAUGCACAGCAUGGUUUCACGUGAGCAUUCACUCUUACGCCCUGGGGGAUCAUUAAUGCUCCUCCUGCUGGUACAGGAGUCACAUUUUUAGUGUCUUUCAAGGACAGGAGUUGAAGUAAGGCCAACUAUCCUAUCAUUCUUUAAAAAUAAGGAGAUAAAAUGUUUUCUUGUAACCUUUGUAGUGCAAACUUAACCAUUUGUCAGCACACAGAUCCCGCUGUUUCCUCUGUGCUGCUUUGCAGGAGCGUGUCCAGAUAUUUUGACCUGGGUGCCACUGUCACGAAAGUAUCUGCUAGAUAUUAUUUUCAAAUAUAAUGAUGUAUUACAUGUGUAUUAACAAAUCUAAUUAAUGUAAUGUAAAUUUUUUCAGGAUAGUUAAGAGAACAAGAUAAUUGUUUAUUUUCACCACCAUGGCAAAAAGCUGUCUUAUCAUUUUACUUGAUUAAAAGUCUUUUCACACUUCAAUAUUUUUUUUGAACUCAUAUCCUGUCAAUACAAGCGUUCGCAUCAGCAACGUUUUCCCUUCCUGCGAUAUUGCGGCAAUUAUUUUUUUCGAUCAUGGUCGAUUUUUCUAAAGUUUCGCAUACUGUGUGUCCACUUCUGACCAAUCAGAUUUCGUGUUGUUUCGACGUCUUAUUCACUGGUAUAUCCAACAUAUCCAACUGGCUGAUUGUGUUCGUGUCAGAAAACAUAGUGCUUUUUGAUAAAAGAAACACAAACAUUACAAAGAUAACGACCUGAAGGACAACAUAGUGUCGGAUCUCUCAUAUGACGAUAGUUUGUGUGCUUUAAGUUUGCUAAAAGCCUUUGUUUUAACUUUCAUCUGUGCUAACGUCAGCUAACAGUUGUUACCAUAGUUUCAUGUGCUUAUCUUAUCGCCUCUGAUUGGCUAUAAGCGCUGACCGUUUGACCUGAGCGUGUGAUGAUGUUUCCAGCUUUUCUAGCCAAUCAGAGGUGUAGGGGGCGGGACUUUCUCAGGGAAAAGUCUUCCCCGGGAUUUCACGUUCUAUAUUCGCAUCGGCCCUGGUGUGUAAAGACCCGUAAGUGCCAGAAUAUUCAGUAGAAUACUUGAUAAUGAAAAUAUUCACUUACUGCAGCCCUCAUCUUUUCUUCCAUAGACAUUUUGAGUUUUUGAUUUUCUUAAACACAAAAUAUACUGAUAUUAUGCUGUGUUAAGCACAUGGUAUCAAAACACUGUCAAAUUACCCAAAAAAAAAGACACCCCUAGAAUAAUUUUCUGAGGUCGAGAGGUUCAUUGAGGAUUCAGUGAGACGGACUUUAUCAUGAAACUGACUUCACGUCCAUCUGCUUUCAUACUUGAUAAUAUGUAAAUGUGUGUCUGUAGCACGUCAUAUUAGAAAGUGUGCGAAUGCCUGAUAAGAUUCUUAGUUUAUUCUGUGUUAAGUGUUGCUUGUUUCAGUUGUAGAUUGUUUGAAAACACAUGCUGUUUCUUUUAAAGCUCUUUUUUUUUUUUAGCAUCAACUCAGUAUGAUUUCUUAAUAAUUGAAACACUGCUCGGCCCUGCUCCUGGUUUUAGCGAAGGACUUGGUCUUGGCGGUGAAAAAAAUCAGGGAAAAUAGAAAAGGGCUGUUUUUGUUUUGAAAUGAAUGAGCUUUAUUGUGAAAAAAAAUCCUGUCUGCUGAAUGGAAGUCCCAGCGAUUCAGAGGGAUAAUGUCGAUUUGUUCAUGAAGUAACACGUGCGGCGCAGGUUUUGAUGCCAGGGAGUCGGAUUGAACGCAGACUUGCGAAAGAGCCUACACAGGGCGGUGAAAGGUACAGCAGGUGACCUGAAAUAAUCGCCAGAGAGGGAAAGAGAGAGAGGACUAUCAGGUUAAAAAAAAAGAGAGAGAAAAAAGAAUGGAUAGAAACAGCAGAUGAAGAGAAAAAGAAAGCAGAGGAGGGAGUCAUGUUAACUAAGAAAGCAGCAUAAGCACUUUAAAUCCUCUCACUCUGAUCCGGCAGCAUGUCAAACACAGAGAACUGAAAAUGUUGCCCUGACAUCCAAACAGGCUCAUUGGUGAAGAUGUGUUUGUUCUCGUUUAAUAAUUGCUUUGUGGGUGGUUUGACUGCUGAACCUGUUUAUUGUUUGUCAGUGAGCUCACACACCUGUCCGCCAACACCAUGUGAGUUUGUGUUUUGGUGCUGGGGUAGAGCUGGUUAUUAGGAAGGUGAGAUAUUUGCUCACGUGUCGGCCGGUUUGCUUUGUUUUAGGAGCUGAGAGGAGAAAUGACAUCGCCCUGCACACUAAAUCACACUCUUUAAACUUACCACGGAUUAAACUGCAAGAACUCUGACAAGGUUCAGACGGUACAGCUGCAACUGUUUCUCACUGAACAACGCAGUUUAUUGAGAAUAUUAUAAUACAUUACAGCUGUGAUAAAGGAUCUCUUAAUUAUGCUUUGUUCACAACAUUUAGUGAGGCGUGUUCUUAAAUGACUGUUUGCUUAUCCUUAGUUUUGGACAUCUUUUUACGGAUUGGUUUGAUAGGACGUUUGAUCAGGUUAGUCUCUGAAUUCAGAGGAUAAAUGACUACUGUCAGAGGGUUGUGGCCGAUCAAAAUCAAGUACUUUAAAAUCAGGAUAAUUUGGAGAAUUUCUGUUCAAGGGAAAUCUUUGGUGUCAUGUCUGUGAUAGAGUAGCACUACAUUUGAACUUGUACCUGGUUGCUUCAGUGUAUUUAUGACUUUAAAGGGUGGAAGUGGGGCUGGGCGAUAAACCGAAAAUUUACAGAUACUGAAGUUUAUGACAAUAACCGACGUCAUUUUUUCAUCAAAAUAAAUCAAUAAAUAAAAGUUGGUCAUGGAUGUGUGUUGGUAGGCUAUGGUCUCAUGUCCCUUUUAAGAUGGUGUCCUAUGUCAGAGACGUGACUCCACCCCAUCCAUCGUGGAUUAAUGUGGGAGGGGGUGAGCAGCUUGUGGAGUAGUUAUCAUCCAUGUAUCAUUAUCGAGGUGAACUGCUCAAUAAGUUGUGAUAUUGAUCUGAGGCCAUAUCGCACAGCCCUAGGCGGUAGACGUAUUAUCUGAGAUAACAACUUAAUUGUUCUAAGUCGGUCACUCGGUUUAGAGCAAAUCCAAGGUCCCCACAUAGACUAGAAAAUGAGAACACCACUCAAACAGCCGCUCUUCAGGCUGCUUAAAUGUUAAUUUGCAAAUGAUUGAAAAACAUGUUAAGUUUUAAUUGGAAAUUUAUCAACUGGCCAAUUUAAUUAGACUGUUUAAUGGCACUAAGACACAAUUGGCUACACCUUGACCUUGAUCCCUCACAAGGAUCAUGGCUGUGUGAUGAGGGAAAUCACAAAUAUCACAAACUUUAAUGUCAUAUCCUGAUACACAAUAUAUAUCUCAAUAUUUUGAAAUCUCAUCUGAAUAAUUGUGUAAAUGUAAAAUUUUAUCCUUUGGUGCAGAGUGACACCAGUAUGAUGAUCCAUGUAGGUGAUUUAGUAAAAUCUGUGUCAAUUGUAUGCAUAAAGGAUCAAAUCACAGUCAAGUUAAUGUAAAUAAACUUCCCAUUUUGAAGCAAGUAACAACAGCUCAAUGAUAGCAUGGUAAACCUCCCUGCAGUGGUCCUGGUCACAAAGAGUCUCAACAAAAACUGCUUAAAGCAAAAAAAAAAAGAAAGAAUCGAUAACCGAAUAAAUCAAAGUGUACAUUUUCUUUAGGUCAUGUUCAUAACAACAGAUCUCUUAAAAAAACAUUCAAUUGAACAUUUCUCCUGGGUCCUGUGAGCAUUCAACAUGUGAAGACAUCGUCUUUCCAUUAGAGCUGGGUGUACGAGAAAAAGAAGACGGAUUAAAAGUCUGGAUUUCUUCAGUGACGAAGAGUUAGGAAGACAACAUUUAAGAUUCAAAAAAAGGGACGAUCCCACAGGAGAGCAAAUAACAGACGUGGCCAACAAGUCUUAGUAUUGUUUCAUGCUCAAUGAGUCUGAUCUGUCCUGUAUUUUUAUUGCACACCCCUGAUAUGCAUGAAUCCAGUAGGUUCAGUAGAUUAAGUAGCGUGUUUUUCAAACUUGCUUUGUUGAUUUCAGUGUUUUGUUUUGUUUUUCUUUAAUGAUCCAGUUUUUAGUUCAUUAAUGAAAUAAGACCUGAUUUUGUUUUAUCACCAUCUAGUGUAACAAAACAAGCAUGUACAAUUCACAUCUUAAACUGACUUUUUUUAUGGUUACGUUUUUUAUUGUAGUCAGCGAAAUCACCCAAAAUAUCACGUAUCAAUAUCAAGUAUCGUUCUCUGUGAGAGAGCAGACUUUACCCUAACAGUGAUGUGUGAGACAGACAGCAGCAGUCCAUUCAGGAUCUUUGUUCUUCUACACUGAAGCUUAUGAUAGUGCUAACAUGAAGCAUCCUGGUGUCUACCAAAGACACAGACUAAUUUCUGUGAGUGGAGCAGUUUAAAUGUGUCGCUAAGCUUCUGUAUUUUCAUGUUUGCCAAAACCAUCAGCUUUUCUCUGGAAGUGAAGUGCAGAUGUAAAGCUAAAUUGCAGCCCCUCUGAGUCUUUUUAGGAGCUGGCUGAUUGUGCCAGAAACAUGAUGUGACUUUAAAUUCCUGGAGGAGCUGCUGGCGUGGCACAGAAGCAGCUCAGUUUGUUGUUGCCUCCCCCUGAACUGUUUCUGCUCGUUCCCUCCAGUUUGGAUGAAUAGGAUCAUUUCCCCCGCUGGCUCUCUCCAAGCCUGCAGGUUUUUUUUUUUUCAAAGAAAGGAAGUAAAAUGACAAAAAAGAAACAGUGCAGCGAGGACGCUGAGGACCAGCUGAGCCGUGUCUGUGUGUGUCUUCACCAGCCAUGACCUUGGCAGGAUGAGGAGUUUCCUGAGACGCUGAGGAAGGCUCGGUCACUCAUUCAGAGCCACAGAGGGAGCUGGUCAGGAGGUGUAAAGAGGAGGGAUGGAGUCUCUCUGACUGCCAAACAGACUGAAGGGGUGUUAAGCAAUGACAGUGGUGGAGAAAGACUUCCUCUAAUGGAGACCAGGGUGAUGAAUCAGAAACUGUCUGUGUUUCUUUGUCUGUGGAGGUCUGAGUGAGGAAUGUGUGAGUCAGGAGGAGAAGGAACACACGGCUUUUGAUGAGGAAGAGGAGCGGAUAUCCUGUAGCCAGUCCCAGUGUCUUAAUCAGAGUGAAUAAAUGCCUGACACAUGUACACCAGCACGCAGUCAGCACAUCCUGAAACGCCACCUGACUGACUAACUUCCUCUGUGACUGUCCAGGCCGGACCAAAUAGUGCAGGAUGAAAAAGAUUUUGGUUCAGGUGGAGAAAAACAAAUGAAGAUCAAAUGAACCUGAUGAGAGUCUGUAGAGCAUCACUGAUCUCUGAAGCUGAUAGAAACGUCUCUGCGUGUUAGAGUGUGGUUGACUGAGGGCUUUGUCAACACUGAGUAGUAUAUUGUGUAAAAUAGAAGACACUGUGUGUCGCUAAGCUAUGUGGGUCGAGAAAAGAAUGACUGACAAACACAAAACAAGAAAUGAUACACUCAAAGGGUUAGCCGGUCUGACUUUCUCUUCCUGAGUUCACAAAGUUGAUGUGACAGCUGAAGUAUCCUGCCUGUCUUUCUCAGACUGCUAUGUGUGUGUGUGUGUGUGUGUGUAUAUGUAGGGCUGGGCGAUAAGCCGAAAAUUUACAAAUACCGAAAUGCACAACAAUACCCCACGUCAUUUUGCCCAUGUCAAUAUAUUCUGUGUCAGAAAAUAAAUAAAUAAAAGUUGGUUUUGGAUGUGUGUAGGUAGGCUCUGGUCUCAUGUCCCUUUAAGACGCUGUCCUAUGUCAGAGACGUGACUCCACCCCAUCCAGUCUGUAACAAAAAGGGAAAGACAGGUGAGGAGAUGGAGGACAGUUCAGAAGUUGUAGUGGUAGACAAAGUUAAUGUGGGAGGGGGUGAGCAGCUUGUGGAGUAGUUAUUGUCCAUUUAUUGUUAUCGAGCUGACCUGCUCGAUAUAUUGUCAGGGUUUCCCCUACAUGCUUGAAUGAAUGAUUCUACACACACCGUGUGAGCACAACAAUACACAACGUCAUUUUCGACUUGUUAUGAGUCAUCAAUGAGCGCAUCAAAUCCUCUCAAACCCCCAGCUGAAAAAAAUUCGAGGGGAAACACUGAUUGUGAUAUUGAUUUGAGGCCGUAUCACCCAGCCCUAUGUUUAUGUAUGAGAAAGGACCCACAAACUAACCUCCACUUUACUGACGUCUCACCAAACGCCUCCCUCUUAGGUCCGUCCUGUGGCAUUCACAUAUUUCUCUCCUUACUCAGUUUCUCUCUGCAGCAGCCUACACACACUGUAUUAUCAUUUACAUGUUUCUGUGUGUGGCAUCUUGUUCAUAACGGCUCUCUCUCUCUCCACGAUCUCUUACAGUAUUAUGUGCCAAGAACCUCGCAAAGAAAGACUUCUUUCGUAAGUAUUGUUUUAAUAUGUGCAUGAAUCUGUAAAGCAUUAAACAUGAUGAUGGUUAGUUUACAUGUUGAGAGGACGUGUGUCUGAGAGGAGCUGUGUGCUGUGUCAUGACUGUGUGCAUGUCUUAAACAGCUUAAGUCACGCUUCAUUUCAACCAGUUUCACCUUUUUGUGGUUAACUCCAGUUUAUGAUUGUAUUUUAGUUUUCUAAAUCACAUAAUAUUACCAGAUAAUUUGUCGACAACUCCAACACAAUAAGAGUGUGGACUCUAUAAAAUGUUUUGCAAAUCAUCUAAAGCCGAUGUUUAAAAAAAACAUUUCAAUGAUAAAAAUAAAAAAUGUAAUUGCUUUAUAAAAAAACAACACAUGCUAACUUUAGAUUUGAUGCCAUCAGUACUUCAAAAUAGUUUGGACAGGAACAACAACACAGAGAGAUUUGUAAUGCUGAAGAAACACCAGAACAUUUCUCAACUAAUUACGUGAGUUUGCAACAGGUUAGUAACAGGAGUGGGUAUAAAAAGGGCUUUUCAGAGAGGCUGAGUGAGUCAGGAGAUGAGAAGAGUUUCACCACUUUGAGAGACCGCAUGAGGAAUUCACUCAGUUUUCCAGUAAAAUGUACCAGGGUGUAAAAAUAUAACAGAUUUGAGGGUUUCAUCACAAGUUGUUCACAGUAAUAUUCAAAGAUUUAGAGAAACUGGAGGACCCUCUGUACAUAAAGGACCAGGUCAUAACUGAGACUGGUUGGCCAUGAUCUCAGGCCCUCUAGAGGCAUCAAGCAUAGGCAUUACUCUAUAGUGGGAAUCACUGCAUGGGCUUUAAAUCCCAUCAAAAAGCCUUUGUUGGUGAAAGUUGGUAUCCACAAAGUGAGUAAGGCUUAAACUUACAAAGUGGAAACUGUAUAUAAACAUGGUCCACAACCACCAGCAACCUUUUUAAUAUGGACUCAAAGUGAAAAACUUGGAUGAUGGUCUGAUGAAUCAAAUCGGACGUUCUCUUUGGAAACCAUGAUUGCCACAUCCUUUGUCAAAAGCAUCAUCCCUAAAAACCUGAGGAUGCAGAAGGUCUCAUGGCAUGGCUAGCUGACACGUCUGGAAAGACACCACCUAGGCUCAGUGGUCCAUAAAGGUUUUAGAGCAACAUGCUGCCAAUCAGACAAUGACUUUUCUCAGGGAAGACUUUGCUUAAUACAGUAAGAAGAUGUCAAAGUAAAAUAUUUUACAACAGUAUGGCUCUAGAAGAAAAGUCCAGUCUGCCUGAAGUCCUGACUUUUUAACCUGUUUUUUCACUUAAAACGACAAUAGAUUCCCUGAACAGUCCUGUAUUGGGCAAGAACAGGACAACAUAUAACUCUUCAAACUGCAGUGAGGGGUCUCUGGGACUCCAAAUGUAUUUACAGAGUGCUGUUGAAAGAAGAGGUGAUGUGAAACAUUGAUAAACAGGCUUCUACUGCUUUGAAGCCUGUUGCUGGCAUCAAAUUUAAAAUGAGCAUGUGUACUUUUCAGUUCAAUAUUUGAUCUGUUGUCUCACUUUCAAUGAAAUUUUGGGCUUUAAAAUGUUUGCAAACCACCCAAAGACUUUAUUAUAAACAUUUCACACAGUGUACCAACUCUUGUGUAAUAUGACUGAAAUACUUUUCUAUUGUCUUCUUGUGUACCUGCAGGCCUCCCGGAUCCAUUUGCCAAGGUGGUGGUAGAUGGAUCAGGUCAAUGCCACUCUACAGACACCGUGAAGAGCACACUGGACCCCAAAUGGAACCAGCACUAUGACCUGUGAGUCUGCUACUCAAUUUUCAGGCUUUAUUCUCAUACUGGUGGUUUUUAUGGCCUCAAUCCCAUCGACUGUCUUUCCUGUUAUUUUGUCUUCAGUUAUAUUGGAAAGACAGACUCCAUCACCAUCAGUAUAUGGAACCACAAGAAAAUCCAUAAACGACAGGGGGCGGGCUUCCUGGGCUGCAUACGACUUCUUUCUAACGCCAUCAGCAGGCUAAAAGACACAGGAUGUGAGUCUGUCUUCCGUUUUGUCCCCCGAGUCCAAACUCACUAAAUCACACACAUGCUGACGUUUUGGUUUUGAUGGUUUUCUUCCAGACCAGCGUCUCGAUCUAUGUAAGCUGAACCCCUCAGACAGUGAUGCAGUGAGGGGGCAGAUUGUAGGUAAGUCUGGACACAUUAAGAGGUCACCUGCAUGACGGUCCUGUCUGCUGUAGUGCUCUUGUUCGUCUGUGUGCAUAUUCACUCUCCUCCCUGAACUCCACCUUCUUCUGCCUGUUUUCAGUGAGCUUACAAACACGAGAUCGAAUCGGCAGCGGAGGCCCAGUGGUGGACUGUAGAGGACUGUUGGAAAACGAUGGGUGAGUGAGGUUUACCAUCCAAAAAUUAAAUUUAAAAUAAUCAAGAAACAAUUUAAUGUAACUUAUUUUUCAAACUUAUUUGUCUUUAAAUAUGACCAGAAAGACUGUGUCCCACAUUGAGUCUGACAGAGUGCAGACUCUUCUAUGUCAGGCUGAGAUCUUGUGUGAGGGACUGAAACUGAUACUGCUGUCACGUCUUAAAACCAGAUAUUGUAGCCUUCAGUAUUGGCCGAUACAGAUAUUGAUCCGAUAUUGGCACAAAGUUGUGCAUGACAAGUUCUGCACUCAGCUGCAACGUCUUUUUCGGACUUAGAUGAAAAAUUCUGCUACAGGGCCGACAUCACUCCUACUCCUUGCUACUUUGUUAGUACCUUAGUACACACUGUUGUUGUGAUCACGUGGGCUCUGCAUGCGGGCACUGCUAGAUUGAGGUGCUGGAGUGGAGUCUGGAAUGGACUGCUAGUAUCGGAGUGCUGAUAUCAAAGAUUCUAGAUGCAGGCCGAUAUAAUCUGAUAGUCAAUUUUUAAUUUUUUUUUUUUUGCUGAUAUUUGACCGAUAUCUGAUACCAAUAUUCGGUUGGGACAUACCAUAGAUCACACUUUGCAUACGACCCAAACUUCUUAAACCAGCUCAUGCUUGUUUAUAUUCAGGUAGUAGAGCUUCAAAAAGUAUUGUGGUGGCAGCUACUGACUGGAGCUGCUGUUUUAACUUGGAUAGGUGGUUGCACUACAGCUGAGACACAACACAUGAACAGCAUUUUAAACCUCUAAUAAUAAAAACGUGAUGAGUGACUGUUAAUGGGAGUCUGUUUUAUAACAGUGAAAAACUUCCUCACAGGAGCUUUAAUGAAGCCGUUCCCAGAUUUAAAUCGACCUUUAAACAAGGAUCUCUUUCUUUAUAGAUAUGUCACGUCUGAGUCACACAUCUGUGUUGAAGCUUUUCAUUUGGUUGCCUGAUGAUAAUUUCAGGCUGACCCUGGACACACAUUGUGUGGUUAUAGUCAUGGGUCUGCAUGGUUCAGGGGUAAUUUUAGUCAGUCUGCUCUGCUGCUAAAAUGGUCAUCUGUUUAAUUUCCUCCAAAUGUCUGAGCUCAAAAUAAAAAGCAGUUGACUAAUCAUUUGAUUUCAAUAUAACCAAACAAAACAGCCUUCAGCGUUGACCAUGCGUCUGUCUGUCUGUGUGUCUGUGUGUGUUUGUAUGUGUAGCCCUGUGUUCGAGGGCUGCUUCAGUGAAGAGCCGCUGCCCUACUCAGACCCCACCGGUGCUGCAGGAGGCGGGAACUGUCGGCUUGACUCACCCAGUCAGGAGAACCGUCUUCAGACUCAACGAAUCAGAGGGGGGGAUUCACGAGGCCACGGCCACACACCCCAAAACAGACCGCAUGGGCACCAACCGCCUGACCUGCCGGAGGGUUACGGUCAGUCUCAUUAACUUUUAUAUUCCACUUUAUCCUGGGAGGCAGAUCUGUUCUUACUCCUGAUAUUCACCUAAUGUCUGCUGUUAUAUAUCUGAAGACAUGUCAUAUCUGAUCUUUAACAACAGAGCAGAGAACAACAGUGCAGGGCCAAGUCUACUUCCUCCACACACAGACGGGCGUCAGCACCUGGCAUGACCCUCGGAUACCACGGUACGAUUUCACCUCUGUCUAAUCCAGGCAUGGCAGGAAAAGGAGACGAACCCUGAAUAAACUCUGCUGGCAAACUGGGUCACUGCAGCAAAGGAGGAGGAGACAGAGGAGGAGGAGGAGGAUUUGUCUAAAAGAUUUCAGUACACAGGGUUUCUCCCGGAAGACUUUAAGACCACUUUUAAGCAUCCUACACGGCUGAAAGGGUCAAGAAUUAAACAUGUUGACUGAAUCUACAAGCAAUGGUGACAAAAGACCAGCUUUAAUCAUUAGCAGAGAAUUCUAGCUAGUGAACUCCCCAACUAUCAUAUAGAAAUAUUUAUAACAAUAACUUUAUUUUUAUAGCACACAGAAAUAAAGAGAAAUAAAAACAAAAAGCUCAGUUAAAACAGAAUUGGAAUGUCAUAAGGAGUCCAGACGAGACAAGAACCAUGCAACAUAAAAUGAGACCAUGAGGACCAAAAUAAAAACAUGAAAUAGUUCAGAAAAAGAAAAUGCAAUAAAGGGGGUUAAAGCAGAAAAACGGUUGUAAGUAUGAAAUACAAUAUUAAUAAUGAUAAUAAAAUAAUAAAGUAAUAAUGAAAAUAAUAAUAGUAAAAUAGAACAACAGAAAUGAGGCAGAGUUAAAACGAUAAAAGGCCAAAAAGUUAAGUAAGAAAAGACUAUAAGUACAACAAAAGCUAAAAAGACAGUAAAGCAGAGAUAAGAGAGGUAAAAGAGAUAAAAGACGGCAUCACAUAAAAGCAAGUUUGUAAAAGUGAGUUUUUAAAUUUGACUUUAAAGAAGCGAAUGUCUCUGCUCAUCUGUGUUCUCAGGAGGAUGACCCUUCACAGUCACUCAUAGGGAAUUUGUAUAGAUAUUCCUGAUGCAUUCUCAUAUCAACUCACCCAACUUCACGCUGAAAUUUUACUAAGGGACUAAUAAACGAAAAAUCUUUAGAUGAAGUUGAAGGGGAAAUUUGCCUUUUUAAAGUCUCAGGAAGUUUUCUGGAAUUUUGUGCACAUGUGAAUACUCCAUUUUUAGGUGUGGGUGAAAGUUAAGUAGUAGAGGAGCAAUGCUUCAUACGAGUAAAUCACGCCCGUACCCUGUAUAAAGAACAGUUCACAGCUACUGUUUCCUCACAAAGACACUCAAAACACACGCUCUUCUCUAAAUGUUGUGUUGUAUUUACACACUAUCGCCAUCUACGGGCAAAAAUUCAUUUCUGCUAAAAAAAAAGUUGUCUUGUAAAUCUCAUGGGAGAUAAAUCAAAGUUCCUGUGAAGAAACUGAGUAGUUCGUGUGGUAUUUGGUUGGAGUAUAGUACAACAGUAUGACAGGUCUGAGAGCUGUUUGUUUGUUUACCCAGAUUAAUGAACAGAGAAGAAGAACUUCAGGUUCAGGUGAAACCGGCACAUGACUGUCAGAGCCAACAAAAGAGAAAACUGCAAAGACUCUGGGCAGGUUCUGAGAAUAAAUCAACAAAAUGAGGUCAAAUUCGAUCUUUACUGGGUCAAACUAACAUGCCUCCAUCAUAUCCACACAUAAGGUCAGGUUACAUCUGAGGUCAGGGCCCAGGUCAGUCUGAGGGGUCUCGACGGGUUUGAGUACAUGCUGUCUUUCCUCACGUCUCUGUCUCUGGUUCUCUGUGACCCAUGCAGGGAUCUGGCCAGCGUGAGCUGCGAGGAGCUUGGGCCGCUGCCAGUGGGCUGGGAGGUCCGAAGUACUGUGUCUGGACGGAUCUACUUUGUGGACCACAACAACCGGACCACACAGUUCACAGACCCACGCUUACACACCAUCAUCAGGUACAGGCUCCUAGGUUCUCCCUCCUAAAGCUCUGUCCUUAAACUCGAAGCUCAGUCUCUACCUGAAUGAACAUCACAGUAAACACGAAACAAGUGAUUUCAAGACUAAUCUGCUGUUAAUCUGAUCUCUGCAGCUGUAAUGCCGGACUCAGUCUGGGUCUAACAUGACCCACUAACAGUCAUGGGCUCUGUUUGUGGUGCAGAAUCGUGUGAUUUACAGAAACGUGGCUUUAAAGUAGAUUUAGUGAACGGCGAGUGUAAUCCAGUCUGCUCUUUUUAACUCCUUCCUUCCCCUUUUCUCAUCAUGUCUUUCUUCUCCAUCUUUCCCCCUUACAGCCAGCAAUCCCAGGCAAAAGAGUCCUCCCAAGCCCCCCAGAUGGACGUUGGGGGUGAGGAGGUGGGAGGAGGAGUGGGAGGUGGCAUAGGUGGAGUAGGAGGAGGAGGGGGAGGAGGUGGAGGAGAAGGAGACGUGGCGGCGCGCUAUGAGAGAGACCUGGUGCACAAGCUCAAGCUGCUGCGACACGAGCUGUCCUUGCAGCAGCCUCAGGCGGGACACUGUCGCAUCGAGGUGUCCCGAGAGGAGAUCUUUGAGGUGAGUUCAGAGGUCAAACCAGGAAGUAAAGGCAUCUUUGGGCUGCUACAAUUGGUUAAAAGGUUGGCAAUGAUUCUGCCUGUCAAAGACACUCGGAGACACCUGAUUGGUGGAACUAUAAGCAUGACUCAGAUAUCUAUUGAAACUAAAAACCCAAACCCAGAGACAAAGGAGCACAGAGCUUCACGGAGGGAAAAACUACAACCUGUUACAUAAGGCAGGACUGAACAGGGGAAACUAGCAGAGCACCUCAGAGGAAAUCAGCCUUCAGUGAGGGAAAUCCAGUCCACUUCCACAAAUUCAUUUUCUAAGAGGUGAUUUCUGCCGGAAACCCGAUUUGUUUUCUUUAUUUCCCCAACACAAGUCCAAGAGUAGAUCGGCCAUCGGCUUAUCUACUCUUAAGUUACUGUGACUGGCUGUUGAAAAAAGAGGGUUAAAGACGCUCCUUUAUGGCCCAUAAGAGCAGACCAAACCCCUUUGCUAUUCCACUGAUGAAAAAGUUGGACACAGCUUGUGGGUGUAACAACAAACACAGCUUUACACUUUUGAAACAACAUGCAAGUUAUGCCCAGUAUAAUGCUACCCCCCAUUAUACUGUAGUUAGUGUUACUAUAAGGAUGACUCGGAUAUCUAUUGAAGCUAAAAACCCAAACCCAGAGACAAAAGAGCACAGAGCUUCAUGGAGGAAAAAACUUCAACCUGUUUUAGUUGCUACUCACGGCUUGUCUUGAAGGGAGCUCUAUAGUUCCAGGUUUUAAUAAAGCUGAGCUACAAAUCCAGCUUUUACUGCCUUUAUUUACAAAGAACUCAUCAGUGGGAACAAACAGCUACAUUGAGGAUGUUGUCGUCUCAGAAAUAUAAAAACCAUAAAGUCCUGAUUUUUUCUGGUAUAUUCAUCUUUGGGAAGAGAAAAUCGUAAUGACUUGCAUUCGCAACCAAAAGAGCUCCUCCAGGUGAUGUUCCAAGACAACAAAGAGCAGGAAAAGCAGACUGUCCAGGUGCUGGGUGGGCUCAUUCUCCAACACUGUUCUAACAGGGCUGCAGACCCUGACAUCAGCUUUAAGUCAAGAUGUGCAAAGUUCUAAAAGAAAGCUGUUCAGAGACACAGAGAAACAUGUCUGAGUAUUUACACUAAUACUAUAACAUCAUAUACUGUAAUAGUAAUGAUGAAUGAAUAAGCAUAAUAGGUCUCCUGUAACAGUAGAUGUCUACAGAGAGGGACACACUGUUAAAAGGAAGCAGGACAAAUCGGGGGGGAGAGAAGACAUGCUGCUCUGUCCACAUGAGGGCGCAGAAUUCAACACUUAUCAAAAGUACCUCACAGCUUUCAGAUCUUUAUCACCACAGCUUAUAACAAAACUAAAAGAGCAAUCCCUCCCAUCAUAGAAAUAGUUGGUUUUGUGCUUUAGCUGCAAAAGGAGGAGGAGGAAGAUCUGGAUCAGAUGGUUUUAUGUCCAAGUUUACAUUCACACAAACAAGUCCUCUCUGUCGGUGACUCAAACAAUCUUACUCAUCUUUCUCUGGAGCAGCAGAUCGUUCUCAGUAAUAGAUGGUGUAACUUUACUGAGCUACAGGUUUGUGUAGCAGCUCACUUCCUUUUAUUUUGGCUAAUAUGUGCGUGUCUAUCUUUCAAAUGGAUUGUUUGUAUAAAUUUUGCGUGUUCGUGUCGUGUUUUUGUGUAGGAGUCGUAUCGGCAGAUAAUGAAGAUGAGGCCCAAAGACCUAAAGAAGCGUCUGAUGGUGAAGUUCAGAGGAGAGGAGGGUCUGGAUUACGGAGGAGUGGCCAGGUAAUUAACUCGACCUCUCUCAGCAGGUGAAGGCGUGUGUGUGUGUGUGUCUUCUUCUUCCACAGCUUUGUGGGUUUUGUUUGGGUCAGCAUGGACCAGUCUUUGCGUCCCGGUCAACUCCACCCUGUUUCAGAUUUGAAUGUGACUUACUUUUUACAAUCCUAAUUUAAUCUGUACGGAAUUAAAAUGUGCGUCAUGUUUGCAUUUCCACAAAGAGGUCCAGUUCAGUUUAGUACUCAAUCAUCUGAUGACCAACCAAUUAACCAGCAUAAGGUCAAGAGCUCAGAAGGGGAACCCACUUCCGAAAACAGGCGCUAUUUAGUAAUAGAAGAGGAACUGUGGUCACACUGCUUCAGCAUAUUCAUAAAUAACUUCUGCAGUGGGGAGGACUGUUGAACUCUGCUGUUGUGGCCACUUUCAAAUGAGCUUUAUGAAAUGUUUUUAAGACAGUUUAAAUGAUUAAAAUCCACAUCAUACAAUCCGGUUUUUCAGUUUCUUCUGCUGAUCAUCGGAAAAAACUCUGUCAGCACACGUUCGGAAUGACAUUUCAGUGUUGUUUUCGUCUGCAGGGAGUGGCUGUACCUGCUGUGCCAUGAAAUGUUGAACCCUUACUACGGCCUGUUCCAGUACUCCACAGACAAUAUCUACACACUACAGAUCAACCCCGACUCCUCCAUAAACCCUGUGAGUACACACACACACACACUCACACUGUUACACAGAUUGUGCACAUAGCGAGAACUUGUCUUCACUUUUCUGUUUCUUUCUUUCUUUCAGGACCACCUUUCGUAUUUCCACUUCGUGGGUCGAGUAAUGGGCCUGGCCGUGUUUCAUGGUCACUACAUCAACGGGAGCUUCACGCUGCCUUUCUACAAACAGCUGCUCGGCAAACCCAUCCAGCUCAACGACCUGGAGACCACCGACCCCGAACUGCACAAGAGCCUCGUCUGGAUACUGUGAGCAAACACACCCACCUGUGCACGGAAUCGACUGUUACUAACCUCAGAAACAGCCGAUCUCCACAUAAUUACUCAUUUUCUUAUCCCUGUGCAGAGAAAACGACAUCACUUCAGUCCUUGACCACACGUUCUGCGUGGAGCACAACGCCUUCGGGAAGUUUUUACAGCAUGAACUCAAACCUAACGGCCGCAACAUCCCCGUCACAGAGGAAAACAAGAAAGAAUAUGUCAGGUAAGAACAGACGAUCAGUCUUUAGAGUGAGAGUAGAGAUAAGCUUCAUAUAAAGCACCUGUCUCUGUCUCAUUAUACUUUGUGAUGCAACCAUGGGUUCUUAGAGAGGCACAAUAUAAUAAAAUCAAUGUAGUAUUAUUAUUGAAAUGCCAUUCAUCUGUUGAUCUGUAUAAGACAGAGCAGAACCGUAGAAUUAAAAGCGUGUAGGAAGUCAAACAGAGCAAGAACAGGACAAGAUCAGGAGAAAAAACAGCCACCAGAGAGGAGCAGUGAGACCCAGCAGUGAGCAGAGGAAGCAAACCAGCAUUAGCUGAGCAUAUCUAUUACUGUGUUUUACUUUUUAACUUGGUAAUGCUACAAAUGUGCAGGGAGCAUCAUGCCAAUGAACACCACGCCUCUCCCUGUUGGUGUCUGACUCUCCAUCUUAUUUUGAUUUUUUUUAAAGUCUGAUCAAAGUAAAGUGAUAAAAAGACAGAGAGCGUAAAGAGAGUGUCCUAAUACUGUUUUAAAGGUGUCUGUGUUGUAAAUAUCAGCCUACAGCUUAAGCCUUUUGCUGCUGUCUGUUAAAAGGCAAGAGUCCGAGUCCACAGUGUGAUAUAAAACGUGGCAAGAAUGAAAACUAAGCACUUUUGUUGCAGCUCAACAGAAAACAGACGCUUUUUCCUCUAAAGUUGCACCUUUUUGUCUUAUAAAAUAAACAAAACAAUCAGUAACUCUUUUCAGCAGCUGUUUUUUUUUAAAACAGUGUCAGAGUUGUAAAAAUUUAAAACUGCAAGUUGCACUUGAAGGAAGUUAAAAAAGAUUGUGGACACUUUGCUUUUGCCCGGUUAUCUCUGUGUAGUCAUCUUGCCCGCAUCGCUGUGUUUGUUUUUCCAGACUAUAUGUGAACUGGAGGUUCAUGCGAGGAAUCGAAGCCCAGUUUCUGGCUCUGCAGAAAGGCUUCAGCGAGCUCAUCCCCCAGCACCUCCUCAAACCUUUCGACCAUAAAGAACUGGAGGUACACAUGCUGACCACGUGUUUCCUACUUCUUCACUUAGCAUGCUUUUUUCCUCGAUCUAUUCUCCCUUUUAUCUUCCUCCAUAACCGCUUUUCUCUAUCUCUUUCUGCUGCAGCUCAUCAUCGGGGGCUUGGGUAAGAUCGAUCUGGCGGACUGGAAGACAAACACCCGCCUGAAGCACUGCACGAGCGAGAGCAACGUGGUGCGGUGGUUCUGGCAGGCAGUGGAGGCCUUCAGCGAGGAGAGGAGAGGACGCCUCCUGCAGUUUGUUACCGGCUCCACCAGAGUUCCUCUACAAGGGUUCAAAGCGCUGCAGGGUGGGUCAUGGAUCAGCUCAGUCCACACACACUUUCCUUACACUUAUAUUGGACUACAUCUAUUUACACGUCUUUCAGGGGAGGGUUUCAAAGCUCGUAUACAUUAAAGCAGCAUAUUAACUAAAGACUACAGACUUACUUGCCAAAGAACAACCAGACUUCUGAAGACUUUUAUACAAAGUAGAGAAAUGAAAACGAAUCAGCUCAAAAUGAACUAAAUUUGUCAUCAGCUGUACAAACACCAGUGUUAAGAGCUGCCAUUGACAGAUCAUUUCAUUUAGGAAUUUGAUGUAUUUAUGAAAUGGUGAGGAAGCGAUAAAAAAAAAAAAAAGCUCAAUUUAGCACAGUACCCUGUUGGGAUUUUGAACAACUCAGUGAUGCUCUGUUAAGUGUUAUAAAAAGAAUAUUUUUACAUGUUUUUAAAUAGUUUAUAGCCUUAAUUUGAGUCAACAGUUAAUGUUGAACAUGAAAAAGUUCUCCAUAUGUAAAAGCUAUCUGCUCAUUUUAAAUUUGAUGCCAAAAAUUGUGACAUGAAUAUAGAAACUAUUUUGUUAUGUCAGCUUGUCUCUGAAAAACACUGAACUUUUGGGAACCAAAGAGAGCAGUUUCUGGAAGCUGUAUGAGAAUAAAGUUGUUCCAUCCUUGACUGAUUUAAGGGUUUAGAUGGUCAGCAGGUCAGGGUCACCUUUCUUUAGGUUUACAAUGGACUGGGGGUAGACCAGUUUAGCACCCAGACGUCUCUAUACUGAAGUUUUCUUACCUGAUGCGUAAACAACCAAACCAUGGGCAGAGAAUUCACCAGAAGAUAAGAUAAGAUAUUCCUUUAAUAGUCCCACGGGGGGAAAUUCCAAAAUAACAGAAAAAUCUUUGUGGAUCCUAUCUAUAUCUGGUCUCCUCUUCAGUUUUCACCUGCAAUGGUACUUAGAUGUGGUUUUGAACCUAUGCAGUAAUUUCCACUACAGAGUCAUGUCUGUUUUUCGAGCCUAAGGGUCACAGUCUUUUCACAGCACUAAUUUAGUGCCUUGUCCCCUUUUGUACAGAGGAGUUUUCCUUAGAUCCUCUGAAUCUUUUAAUGAAAUUUUGACAUCCUUAAACCCACAGUUCUACUCUAAAGAAAUUCAGAAAUUUUGGAACUUUUUGCCCGUGCAGCCUCUAACAGGGCAGUGAACCUAGUCCUGUCUUUAUUAAUGGGGGACUCAGCCAUGUUCCUAACCUGUUGAAAAUUAAUCUAAUCAAUUGGGGGAAGUUAUUUUGUAACUUUACAGUUUUUAAGUGUUUUCUUGAUGCUGUCUUCACUUUUUUUGAAACAUUUAAAAUGAGCAUAUUUUUCAGUUUCAUCAUUUAGUCUCUUGUCUUUGCACUAUUUCUUACUAAAUAGUAAAUACAGGCUUUAAAUCAUGUUCUGGCUGGUGUGAAAUUGAGCUGUAAAUGUGGACAGACUGAUUUGAGUAGCGCAGUGAUAACUUAAUGAAUGUGUGUAAGGCUCUACAGGUUCUGCAGGACCAAGACUCUUCACCAUCCACCUGAUAGACGCCAACACAGACAACCUCCCCAAGGCCCACACCUGGUGAGAAUACACACAAAAAAGAUUGCUUCACUUUAUAGUGAAUGUUAUCGAGCUAUUUCACUGACUCUCCUCUCCUGUGUUCAGUUUUAACCGGAUAGACAUCCCUCCCUACGAGUCCUACGAGAAACUUUACGAGAAACUGCUGACGGCCGUGGAGGAGACCUGCGGCUUCGCUGUGGAGUGAUGAAUGCAACAACCCAACCUACAAAUACACAUUCACACCUACGCUUGCACUUGCACACAACUAUCUGACAUUUAAAGACAGUAUACACGCAAACACACUCUUACAUGAACUGAGUAUACGGACAAGCCAAGCAUCACAAGGACAAACACAAAGCCCCUCGCCACCUCUGCACCACGGGACUGUUUAGAAGAAGUGAAGGAGGAAGCACAGCAGGAGGGGCGAAAAUAGAAAAAAAAAUCACACAAAAAUUAAAAGUAUUUUAAAAUGUUUUCAGAUGUUUUGAAGAAGCAUUUUUAUCCUUCAGUUUUAACAAGCUAUGAUGUCAUUCUGCAGAAUGUCUGCUCUGGACAGAAUCAGCCAAUCACACGCAAGCCUGCAAACUUUGAAAACAAGGAGACGUGUGAAGGAGGAGACGGGAACGAUUGUUGUUCUGAUCAAUCGAUGAGUGUUCAUGCUUCAUGUUUAACCACUGUCCUGUUUCUGAACGUGUGCAUGUGUGUGAGUGAGACUGUGUGUGAGAGAGACUGUGAGUGUGUUUGUACGCUGUAAAAAUGAUCAAAUGAGCCUGCUCCUCUGUUUGUAUCUGCGACCACUCUGAUCCACUCUGAUGUUUUAUUAUUUAUUACUGAGUGAUUACUGACCAAGCUGCUACCUGCUCCACAGAGAGCCCACACUAAUCUCUCCCUCCCUCCCUCCCUCUUUCCCCCCAGAGAGAAUUAAAGGGGUCAAAUUCACUCGAAACUCCAGUAAUCCAAACAAGCAUUUUAUGAAUUUCAUCAAACUUUUUUUUAACCUUCUUAUUUUUGCAGAGAAAUACUCAUGUCAGUGUGUGGAAACUGUGUCUCAGUGUUUUAAACACCAUGUUACGUUUAUUUCAUGUGAACGGGAUCGAUCUCCCCCGCUCUAGUUUUCAAUCUUACUCUUCUAAUGUUAUGGAGAUGUUCAAGGUCAAAGGUCAUGACCUGGUUUUUAAACAAAAUGAGCCAUUAAGAAGAAAGAAGGUGUCAGCUUCAGGAUAUUUUGGGGGUUGUAUGUGACAUGUAUAAUAAAAAUCUCACUUUCGUACAUGUUUCAUCAUCCGUUUCACCAUCUUUGUGUUUUUUACUUUUAUUUUGAACUCUGUGGCUCGAAUGUUUUGUCUCUUUACCUCCAUGGCCUGAUUGUCAGAAGAUGUCAUCUUUGUUUGAGACAACCACGAAUGAACAAAUCUCUCUUUGCAGUCAUUAAUUCUCCAUAGAAGUGAAUGAAAUACAAACAAACCUAAAUGUUGAGCGAAUAAUGUGGGAUCUGUCUUAGAUUGGGUAUUAAAGACUGUUACGCAGGAUCAUUUCAAUCUGCAUUUUAUAGGUUCUGACUUCACUGUGUAAUGGAUGCAAGAGUAUUGUAACUUACUAUGUACUAAACAUUUAUGAAAAAAUACAAUGUAAAUAAGAUUAUAUUAAAAGAAAUUAAAUUGAAAACAACUCUU